AGCCUCUUUGUCCACGUUAUCAUAUCAUCAUUCUAGUCCUACCGAGGUUACCUCUUGACAAAAGCAUAAGGUAAACCAACUAGAUUGCAUCGUAUCUUUCCGUGAAGAACUGAACAGACAAGGACCUACGGAUACUGAUGAAUGAUUCUGCUACAAACAGCGCACGUCGUCACCCACCAUAAACUCAACUUAACCGGCCGGAGAGCUACACCUACGCCGCUACAAAUUGGAAGCUCCCCGCCAGCCAAACCCUGGAUCUCCCCACCAAGAGCAGAGCGGCGGUGGUCUUAGCUCCUCGAGGUGGUCUUGGUCUGCCUGUGCCUGUAUCCGUACCCUGAGGCCUUGCCUUGGGCAUUCAUUAGUACUAAGGAACGGUAUUGGGCUGUGCUUUGUCUUUCGACCCUCUCUUUUUUUCGUGUUUGUCAAAAUCUUUUUUGAGCUGAUCACCUCUUUGUGUCUCCUAAAAGGACCUACCUAUAUUUCUCAGUUCUACCAAUUUCCUUGGUCUUUUAGCUUACCGCUAAAUUCACCUGAGUUAGCUCAGUGUUGCUGCGCUGUGCUCUGCUGUGCUGUGCUCGCGCGCAUUGAAUCCAUGGAAAACGCCCGAUAAAAACCCCGCCAAUUUUACCCCCUCCACCACCGACUGUCGAUGCGAUUCCCUAAGGUACCAACCAACUCUAGGAACUUAUUGGAUCACUGACGACAUUUCUCACUUUUGACCUUCCAACCUACCUGCACUCUAUUCCACCACUUCUACCUAACUGCCCUGCCACCGGCCACUCAACACCUAUAUAGUACCUACCCAAGGUACCUACCACCCCCAUCUGCUUGUGGCAACGGCUGGGCAUAAUAAACCCAAACCCUCUUUCCCUCAACCUCCCCUCUCCCCCACCCGCCAGCUUCGGCCUCAUCCAUCUGAAGCGAAGCUUGACGGCGAAAACCUCCGCCAGCUAUAAACCAUCGCCGCAGACGCACGCAUAAUUACGCAUACGCAACUGGGACCUUCUGGCUUCCCUCGUUCCGUGUGUUUCUGCCCGCCUGCACUUGGUUCGGCUCUCACAGUAUAACGACAUUCAUUAACGAUAACGACACACAAGACGUCACCUGUCUCGUCGUCUAUUUUACCACCCGCUCGCCUACGCUCGCCCGCUCAUUAUUGAGGCGUCGUCCUCACCACCUGAUAUCGGCUGUAUUUUCAGCCAUCCCCUCCUCCUCCAACCUCUUGUCGUCCAGCGCGAACGUAUCGUGCAGCCACUUUCACCAUGAAUGACGAUGAUGCGAUCCAUAGCAUCCACAAGAAGAUCGAGCGCGAGAAGGCUCUCAUCAACGCUGCCAAUUCCAUGAGGGCACAGACCAACAAUGAAGCCGUCAGAUCUCGUCUCGACUCACAAAUGCGAGAUGGUCGUCGCAAUCUUCAGUUCUUCGAGGAGAAGCUGCGCGACAUCCAGAUGCGACGUGUGAACGCAGGUGUUGGAGACAUGUCUCUUGGAGGACCUUCUGACGAUGCUGGCGGUCCUCCUGCACCACCUCCCAAGGAUUCCCGAGAAGACAGAGGAUCCUAUGGUUCGGGCUCAGGACAAUAUGCCCAAUCUGGUGCUGGUUCUGAUCUCAUGCCUCCCCGCCACCCUUAUGCUCCAGGUCCUGGUGGCUCGGGUAUUCCGAAGCCACGUCCAAAUUUCACCAAGUUAGAUUUGAUCAAAUAUGAUACACCGCAUCUGGGACCCCGCAUCCAGCUCAUGUUGUCGCAGAUUCAAUUCAAGCUAAACGUCGAAGAGCAAUAUCUGAAGGGUAUCGAAAAGAUGGUUCAGCUUUACGGUAUGGAAGGAGACCGCAAAAGUAAGGCUGACGCGGCUGCCCGAAAAGUCGAAAGCAAGCAGAAGAUUAUACUGUUGAAGCAGGCACUCAAGAGAUAUGAAGAACUGCACAUCGAUGCGGAUGUUGCCGACGCUCAAGAUGACGAUUCAAUCAACGCCCCUAACCUGAGGAAGCCCCUAAGCGGACAACUAUCGAUUCGUAUGCUGGCUAUAAAGGAUGUAGACCACCUCGCAACUGGCAGGUUUACGCGAGGGCCUGAGACCUUUAUUGCCGUCAAGGUUGAGGAUACCGUGAUGGCUCGUACAAAGGCGUCCAGGAACGAUCGCUGGGAAGCCGAAUACCAUACCAUCGAGGUUGACAAGGCCAACGAAAUCGAGCUGACAGUUUACGACAAACCCGCUGAGCACGCCAUGCCUAUUGCUAUGCUCUGGGUCCGAAUCUCUGAUAUUGUCGAGGAAAUGCGUCGCAAGAGGAUCGAGGCUGAGAUGAACAGUUCUGGAUGGGUUUCGGCCGACAGAAUGGGCAGCAGCGGUGGGGCCCCUUCACAGUUCCCCAUGAGCCCAUCUUCAGGCUCGUUUGGGCCAGGCUCUCCAGCAGGUGGCGGUGCGCAAGGAACAGAAACUGGCCCAUUCGGGACUGCUGGUCCUCAGCCUCAAGUGCAAACUGGACCAAUUGAAGAAUGGUUUAACCUAGAGCCUACUGGGCAGAUUCAACUCCAGUUGGCAUUCAACAAGACUAACGCGAACAGCCGCCCCGUUGACCUCGGUCUUGGCCGAAAGGGUGCUGUCCGUCAACGCAAGGAGGAGGUUCACGAGAUGUACGGACACAAGUUCGUACAGCACCAGUUCUACAACAUCAUGCGUUGUGCGCUUUGCGGAGAUUUCCUCAAGUACUCUGCAGGCAUGCAGUGUGAGGAUUGCAAGUACACUUGUCAUACAAAGUGUUAUUCCAGUGUGGUCACGAAGUGUAUCAGCAAGAGUAACGCGGAGACCGAUCCCGACGAGGAGAAGAUCAACCAUCGUAUUCCGCACAGAUUCAACCCUUAUUCCAACAUGACAGCAAACUGGUGCUGCCACUGUGGUUACAUUCUGCCUUUUGGCAAGAAGAACUGCAGAAGGUGCUCAGAAUGCAGUCUUACUGCCCACGCCCAGUGUGUGCACCUUGUUCCUGACUUCUGUGGCAUGUCCAUGGCGGUGGCCAAUCAAAUAUUGGACGGGAUCAGAUCCCAGAAGCAGAGGCAGGCAAAGGUCUCCUCACUGACAGAAAAGACUCUCCGGCCAGGAAAAUCGAGCCCGACAAGUACUCAUUCUCCGGCCCCAUCCUACUCCAGCUCGUCCGCACCUCCCUAUCAGCCAGGACCUGCCUCACCUGAGGCAACUGAGGCUGCUAAGGUUAUGUACUCGAACCAGACAACACCACGGCCUGGCCACCCCGACCGAACAUCAUCUAGCUCAACGGCGGCGGCGGCAGCCUCUGCGGCUAUGUCUGGAGGACCUGGAGGGGCCCAGAGACAACAGUCUGAUUAUGGACGUUACAGUGGAGGGUAUGACCAGCAACAAGAGGAUCCCUACGCUCAAGGGGGUCAAUACGGCGCGGGUCAGCAGCGUAAGUACAACCCGGCUGACUAUGCCAACGUCAACCCUAGCUACGGAGGACAACCGCCAGCUCAGGCUCAGCGACCAGUGCAGCAGCAGCCAGCUGCACAACAGCCUCCUCCCCAGCAACCGCUGCCUCCGGUGCCACAACACCAGCCUCAGCAGCAACAAGGUGGUUACCAGCAACCACCAGUACCAGCACACCAGCCCCAGUCUCCGGAAGCAAUGUCUCCUAAGCAGCAGUCUGCAUCUGGUGGAAAUAAGGCACCAUUACCUUUGGCUACAGACCCAGGUACUGGCCAACGGAUCGGACUUGACCAUUUCAACUUCCUGGCUGUGCUGGGUAAGGGUAACUUCGGUAAGGUCAUGCUUGCUGAAACAAAGCGAUCUCGCAAGCUCUAUGCUAUCAAGGUGCUCAAGAAAGAGUUCAUCAUCGAGAAUGAUGAAGUAGAGAGCAUCCGCUCUGAGAAGCGUGUGUUCCUGGUUGCCAACCGAGGUAGGCACCCAUUCUUGACCAACCUGCACGCAUGCUUCCAGACCGAGACCCGUGUGUACUUCGUAAUGGAGUAUGUUAGUGGUGGUGAUCUGAUGUUGCACAUUCAGCGAGGUCAAUUCGGCACCAAGCGUGCCCAAUUCUACGCUGCAGAGGUUUGCUUGGCCCUCAAGUACUUCCAUGAGAACGGUGUCAUCUACCGUGAUCUGAAGCUUGACAACAUUCUGCUGGCACUUGACGGUCAUGUCAAGAUUGGUGAUUAUGGUUUGUGCAAGGAGGAUAUGUGGUAUGGUUCGACAACAAGCACCUUCUGUGGUACCCCCGAGUUUAUGGCUCCAGAGAUUCUUCUCGAUAAGAAGUACGGUCGUGCUGUCGAUUGGUGGGCAUUUGGUGUCCUGAUCUACCAGAUGCUUCUCCAACAAUCUCCUUUCCGUGGAGAAGAUGAGGAUGAAAUAUACGAUGCCAUUCUCGCCGAUGAGCCUCUUUACCCUAUUCACAUGCCUCGAGACUCAGUCUCUAUUCUCCAGAAGCUGCUCACUCGUGAGCCUGACCAGCGACUCGGAAGCGGCCCAACUGAUGCCCAGGAGGUGAUGAGUCAGCCAUUCUUCCGCAACAUCAACUGGGACGACAUCUACCACAAAAGAGUGCAGCCUCCUUUCAUGCCUCAAAUUAAGAGUGCUACUGAUACCAGUAACUUCGACUCGGAGUUCACCAGCGUUACUCCCGUGUUGACCCCAGUCCAGUCUGUUUUAUCACAAGCCAUGCAAGAAGAAUUCCGAGGCUUCUCCUACACCGCUGAUUUUGAUUAAGCGACUGAAGUAACAAGAUUGACGAUUUUGCAAUAUUUUAUCGAGACGAUGGAGCCGCGGUGGGGUUGUUGUCUUGUCUAUCGGAUACCCAGGGGCGAUAGUGAAAUAGAUGGCCGGACACCGCGGGCAGGUGAUGUCGGUAUAGCGAACCUAGGAUGGGCGUCUGGAUAAGACGCCUUCUUUCCACGUUCGCUGGUUCGCUUAUAGCGAUUGGCUUUCAGGAUAUCGGUUGUUGGGCGAGUAAAACGUACGAGGGCAUGAUCAGUACCGUGCCAUAUUGAGAUGGCGAAGCAAGCGACUCUAGCGGUAGAUGAGUAUCGUAUGCAGCAGCAUUUGAAUGCAUGUUAGUUAAUAGAAGCGAGAGAAGAGAUAUCAAAAAUGAGUUGCAGGCGAUGGCUUUCGUCAUAUCUUACCCUAUACAGUUGUGAUUGAUGAUGUGUUCUUUGACAAGGUCUACAUACUGCUUGAUGAUUCGUUUUCACAUUGUCAUAGGUGCGUUUGUAGGUGUGAAGGGGCAUUGACAUGUUUUAGAUAUUUUUUUGACC